AAUAAGAGGCAGAAUGCGCCUGCGCGCCCAGCCCCGCUCUUUCGACCUCUGCCGCCGCUGCUGCUGCCGCCGCCGCCGCCGCCGCCAGCCGGGAAGAGAGGAAGCGGGAGAGGAGCCCAAGUUGCCUGUCACCCAGGUCCUACAGCCGCGCCGUCCGAAGAGUGUAAGAUGUUCGCCUGCGCCAAGCUCGCCUGCACCCCCGCUCUGAUCCGAGCUGGAUCCAGAGUUGCAUACAGACCAAUUUCUGCAUCAGUGUUAUCUCGACCAGAGGCUAGGACUGGAGAGGGCUCUACAGUAUUUAAUAGGGCUCAGAAUGGUGUGUCUCAGCUAAUCCAAAGGGAGUUUCAGACGAGUGCAAUCAGCAGAGACAUUGAUACUGCUGCCAAAUUUAUUGGUGCAGGUGCUGCAACAGUAGGAGUGGCUGGUUCAGGUGCUGGUAUUGGAACAGUCUUUGGCAGUCUUAUCAUUGGUUACGCCAGAAACCCUUCGCUGAAGCAGCAGCUGUUCUCAUAUGCUAUCCUGGGAUUUGCCUUGUCUGAAGCUAUGGGUCUCUUUUGUUUGAUGGUUGCUUUCUUGAUUUUGUUUGCCAUGUAACAAAUUACUGCUUGAAAUGUUGGCAUUCAUAUUAAUUACGGAUGUAAUUCUGUGUAUCUUACUGUGACUCCGAAAACUGUAGUGUUGGUGUCAUGGAAAUGUACGUUAUUUCCAAAGUCAUUUCAUUAAAGAUGAAAACUUUAA